AUGUUUGAGCAGCCGACAAACGGCACCUUGUUUCUCGGUGGACAGAAGAUCUCUGGCGUAGAGAUUCGGGACCAAAAUGUGCUCGCUACGCAGGCGAUCGCGAAUGUGGUAAAGAGCUCGUUCGGCCCCAGCGGGCUAGACAAGAUGAUGGUGGAUGACAUUGGCGACGUAACCGUCACGAACGAUGGCGCCACCAUUCUCAGUCUCCUCGAUGUCGAACAUCCCGCGGGCAAGAUCCUGGUUGACCUUGCGCACCAGCAGGACAAGGAAGUUGGCGAUGGCACGACGUCGGUUGUUUUGAUCGCCGCGGAGCUGCUUAGGAGAGGAAACGAGCUGAUGAAAAACCGGAUACACCCGACAACCAUCAUUACAGGCUACCGCCUGGCACUCCGGGAGGCGGUCAAGUACAUGAAUGAGCAUGUCAGCAUCAAGGUCGAGAACCUGGGCCGCGAGUCGCUGUUAAACAUUGCCAAGACCUCCAUGUCCAGCAAGAUUAUCGGCGCCGACUCAGACUUCUUUGCGAACAUGGUGGUGGAUGCCAUGCAGGCCGUCAAGACAACAAACAAUAAGAACGAGGUCAAGUACCCGGUGAAGGCGGUGAACAUCCUCAAAGCCCACGGCAAGGGUGCGGUCGAGUCGAUUCUGGUCAACGGCUACGCACUUAACUGCACAGUGGCCUCGCAGGCGAUGAAGACGCGGAUACAGGAUGCCAAGAUCGCAUGCUUAGACAUGAACCUUCAAAAGGAGAGGAUGAAGUUGGGCGUCCAGAUCACGGUGGAUGACCCGGACCAGCUGGAGCAGAUUCGGGCACGGGAGUCGGGCAUGAUCAUCGAGCGGGUAGAAAUGAUCCUCAAAGCCGGUGCGAAUGUUGUUCUUACCACCAAGGGCAUUGACGACCUGUGCCUGAAGAUGUUCGUCGAGAGGGGGGCCAUGGCAGUGCGCCGGUGCAAGAAGGAGGACCUGCGGCGGAUUGCCAAGGCUACGGGCGCCACCCUGCUCAGCACGCUGUCCGAUUUGAACGGCGACGAGAAAUUUGAGCCCUCAUACCUUGGGCAUGCGGAGGAGGUGGUUCAGGAGCGGAUUUCGGACGAUGAGUGCAUCAUGGUCAAGGGCACCAAGGUUCACUCGUCGGCGUCCAUCAUCUUGCGCGGUCCCAACGAUUUCCAGCUGGACGAGAUGGAACGAUCGGUGCAUGACAGCUUGUGCGCCGUCAAGCGGACCCUUGAAAGUGGCAGCAUCGUGCCAGGUGGCGGCGCAGUUGAGACGGCGCUGCAUAUCUACCUGGAGGAGUUCGCCGGCACGGUUGGCUCGCGGGAGCAGCUCGCCAUUGGCGAGUUUGCACAGUCUCUGCUUGUUAUUCCCAAGACACUGGCGGUCAAUGCCGCCAAGGACGCCUCAGAAUUGGUUGCUCAGCUGCGGUCAAGGCACGCCUUGUCGCAGCGGAUCCAGGACGGCGAAGCCAAUGAGGACGAGAAGACAGUGGCGCGCAAGAAGGCUUACAAGAACUACGGCCUCGACCUGAUGAAGGGCAAGGUGGUGGACGAGAUCAAGGCGGGCGUGGUGGAGCCCAGCAUCAGCAAGGUCCGACAACUGAAGAGCGCGGUGGAAGCGUGCAUCAGCAUCAUGCGUAUUGAUACCUUGAUCAAGCUGGAUCCGGAGCCGCAAGCGGAGGAUGACGGGCAUGACCAUUAGACGGAUACUGUCAAUACUAAUCAUCUCAAAUAGAAGAGACUGCUUGUGGAUCACCUUCGAGAUGUUAGUGAAAGGUCAUAUACACUGUAACCACUUACACACACAUCCCGAGCAUCAACAGACAUGUUCAUGCGCACAGCACCUCGGGGCAAAACCAACUUCCAAACACGACUUCCUG